AUGACAGAAAGUAAUUUUUCGUUGAAGAAGAUAGAAAUUAGUGUUUCAGAAGCAGAAAAGCGAACUGGAAGAAAUGCCAUGAACAUGCAGGAAACAUAUACUGCUUACCUCAUUGAAACAAGGCAGAAUUCGUUUGGCAUAAACUCUCUGCUGACAACAUGGACCCGGAUUUUGUGGAAGGACGACGAAUUGGUUUAG